AAUACAAUUUUGAAGUUUGUUUGUAUAAUUAUUUAGGUUAGAUUUAGAAUGUUUAGAAUAAUGAAUUUAGCAAUAAUAGCCUCUAAACAUUUAAUAUUUACUUAGAAUAAUAUAUUAUUCAAUAUUAGUGUUAACAUUUCGAAGCAGAACACCAGGAAAAAAAAAUAUUCUGAUAAUUACCAGGCCUAGGAUAUCUAUGGCCAUUUAGUUGUUGAAUGACUUGGAGAAGAUUAAUAAGAAUACCAAUAAAACUUUACAAACAAGUGAUUUAUAAUAAAAUGCAACACAUACCAGUUAUAUGGCGAGGACUAGCCAGCAAUGUACGAACAUAUAGCGGUUUUUCAAGAAUACGACGAGUAGUUAAAGUGGCUUUUAGUGAUAAAUAUUUGUUCUAUACAAAUGUCACUAUUUCACUAACAUUAUCGUCGGUUGGCGAUGGUAUGGAACAAAUGUAUGAAUUGUAUACUGGCGAAAUAGAGGAAUAUGACCCCAAACGAAAUAUGCAUAUGGCCUUUUCUGGAAUAGGUGUUGGCAUUUUAUGUCAUCACUGGUACAAAAUACUAGAUAGAUUCAUAAUAGGGAAAUCUUAUGACAUGGUGGUGAAAAAGCUUUUGCUUGAUCAACUUAUUUUUUCACCAAUUAUGAUUGUUACAUUCUUUGGUAGUUUAGCUAUUUUUGAAAAGGAGCCCUUUUCAGAUUUUAAAAAAGAAGUCAGAGACAAAUUUAUUACUUUGUAUAGAGCUGAGUGGAUGGUUUGGCCCCCUGCUCAGGUUAUCAACUUUUAUUUUUUACCAACUAAAUACAGAGUUUUGUAUGACAGCACAAUUUCUUUAGGGUAUGAUGUUUACACAUCGCAAGUUAAACAUAAUAAGUCAUUAAAAACUGUUACCAAAGAUGUAGUAUCAUAAUGAAGGGGUUAGGAAAUAAUAAACAAUUUAUUAUAGGUAUAAUUCUUAUUUCUUAGCACAAUCAAGUCAAUUAUGUAUUAUAAUUUAAAUAUUUAGGGAAACACUGUAAAUAUAGUUUACAAUCUACAUUCUAUACUCAAUAUGCAGUUGGACUGUCCAUAGUGUACAUAUAAGUAUUUUAUGAUGUCUUUAUAUUUAAAAAAUAAACAUU